UCUAAAGUAGGAGAGCCAGGCGUCAUAGAUUCAGAUAUAUCGUGUUCGCCAAUUCCCAAAUCGAUUAAAUUUGAUUUUGACCUAGCGACUCACAAAGAUCUUCGCUCUCGAAAUUUCUAGGGUUCUUAUCGGUUUUCUGAAUUAGGGACUCCUAAUCGAUCAGAACUCGAGCUUUUUGAUCGGUCGAAUUAGGGUUUCUUUUGGUAUCUGAAAGAGAAGCAGAAGAAAGGAACAGAGAUAUGCCUCAGAGGCACUCGAAGAACAACAACGACCUUGCGUUCUUCACCUACGAUGAGAAGCGAAAGCUGGGAUUCGGGACUCAGAAGGAGAGGCUGGGAAAGGACUCCAUCAAGCCCUUCGACGCUUGCUGCCUCUGCUUGAAGCCUUUCAUCGAUCCUAUGUCUUGCCAGAAAGGCCAUGUCUUCUGCAAGGAAUGCAUUCUCGAGUGCUUGCUUUCUCAGAAGAAAGAUAUUCAGAGGAAGCUAGCUGCGCAUGCUAUACAACAGAAGCAAGAGAAGGAUGAGGAAGAAGAGAAGUUAAUGUUGCAGAAAGCUCGAGAGCUUGAUGCAUUUGAUCAGCAAAACCACGGUGCAGUGCCACAAUAUAGCGAUAGAAACUUGAGCCGAGAUAAGAAUGGUUUCCAUGGGGCAAAUAGUGUGAAGGUCACUUCUUAUGAAGAGGAAGCACUUCGGACUAUGAAAGCAUUUUGGUUGCCUUCUGCUACACCGGAAGCUUCUGUUAAAGUAGAGGCUCCCUCCACCAGUACUGUAUGUCCGGAAGGGAUGGAGAAGCUCAAACUAAAGGCCCUUUUUCCUAUUAUUUUCACAGAAGACACUAAUGACAAGAAGAAAUCUUCUUCUCUGGAUAAGAGCUUUAUUUGUCCUAGCUGCAAAGUUACUCUGACCAACACACUGUCACUUGUGGCCCUUACCUCUUGCGGGCAUGUUUACUGUAAGAAGUGUGCCGGCAAGUUUGUGGCGGUUGACAAGGUUUGUCUUGUGUGCAACAAACCAUGUAAGGAGAAGAAUUUGGUGAACCUGGCUAAAGGAGGGACAGGGUUUGCUGGCCACGGAGAUCACCUUGAAGCAACAGAGUUUAAGCAUUUGGGGAGUGGUUCAGGUCUGGGCCUGGUUAGACCUGCAAUGAAAACUUGAGCUGCAGGGUUUUUUUGCUUCUGCGCUUUACACAAAGUAUGCCAAAAACAGAAAAUGUUUCGCAAUUGGUUUUUUUGUCUCUCUUUUGAUAUGAUUUGAAUUGGUUUCACAGCUGUAUCAAAAUGCUAUAAGAAGUUUUACUAUAAGAUAGACAAUUUUAACGCAUCCUUA